CCGUCGUGGACCUCCGGCGAUAGCAUUAACCUCGAAAAGUGUAUAAGUCGAACGUCAAACCCACUCUUCUCACACCAUUUACACGAGUCAUCGACACUGCAACUUUGAGUGAGCCAGUGAGGGGAUUCUUAAGCUCCUAGUAUCCAUUAUAAAGACGUUGAUCCACAAAGGAAACUAGUCUCGCCCUAUCUCCACUACCGGGGGCAAUUCAGAAACUCGAUAUAAGCGCCAUCGGACGCUUUCUUUGCUGUUCGUGUGUUUCUCGUUCCUGGAUUAUCCCAGCUUUCCAUCUGUCCUACAACACCACACCUUUGUUUACUUUCUCCCAUUUCGGGUAACCAACAUCCACAUAAUCACAAUGGGCUCAAUCUCAACCACUUUCUCCACCCUGCCCUCGGGCGUCAAGGUGCAACCAGCCCCCUUCCGCAUUGACGUCUCCGACUCCGACCUCUCCCAGUUCCGCUCCCUCAUCCAGCAAGCCAUCAUUCCCCCAGAGCAAUUCUACAACAAGCACGCCAACCCUGCCACGGGCAAAUUUGGCAUCACACGCGACUGGCUGAUUCACGCCCGGGACUACUGGCUUAACACGUACGACUGGCGGGCCCAAGAAUCCUUCAUCAACUCCUUCCCCCAGUUUAAGCAAACCGUCGUCGGCCCUACAUCCGGCCAGACCUUCGACCUGCACUUCGCCGCCCUCUUUUCCCUCCGCGAAGAUGCCAUUCCCGUCAUCUUCAUGCACGGCUGGCCCGGCUCCUUCCUGGAGUUUGUCCCCAUGCUGGACAUCCUCCGCUCGCGCUACACCCCAGAAACCCUCCCCUACCACAUCAUCGUCCCCUCCAUCCCCGACUACGGCUACUCCACUCGUCCCAACGACUCCGCCCUCGAAGAGCUCACCACCGAAUUUGCGGCGGAGGCCAUGAACGAGCUCAUGCUCUCUCUCGGCUUCGGCAGCACCGGUUACGUCGCCCAAGGCGGCGACGUCGGCUACGCCCUCGCCCGCGCCAUGGCCAACAACCACCCGGCCUGCAAGGCUUCCCAUCUGAACAUGUUCAUGUUCACCCCUGAGCAAUUUGCCGCCUGCAAGGAAGAGCCCCUCACGGAGCGCGAAGAGCGUCUCAUGAGCGGCACCAACGCCUGGAUCAAGCAAGGCUCUGCGUACGCCUACGAGCACGGCACGCGCCCCGCUACCAUCGCCCUCACCCUCGGCACCAACCCCGUCGCUAUGCUCGCCUGGAUGGGCGAGAAGUUCAUCGAGUGGUCCGACAACCUACACAACAACCCCCUGUCGCUAGAAAAGAUCCUCGACGGCGUGUCGCUGUACUGGUUCAGUGGUUGCUUCCCCAGGACAAUGUGGAGUUAUCGCUCCCUGGUACCGGAAAUCGGCGCGACGGCCGUGGUGCAGGAGAGCGAGAGCGUGCAGAAGCCGUUUGGGUAUUCGGCUUUCCCUGUCGAGAUUGGGACCCUGCCGAAGACGUGGGGCAAGAAGUUGUUUGGGGAGAGAUUGGCUUACUAUAAGGAGCAUGAGGUUGGUGGACACUUUGCGGCGCUGCAGGAGCCGGAGAACUUUUUGGAUGAUAUGGAGGGGUUUUUGGCGUUUAUUGCGCCCAAGGUGGGGUUGGCUGGCCUUGGGAAGAGUGCUUGAGUUGGGUCCGGUCAUGAUGGGUGGGAAAUGGGAAUGAAGUAAUUGGCAUGUACACGAAAGAGAUGGAUGGGUUUUACUACCUUACUGUUUGUGCUUGGAUAUACCACUCAUUAUGCCAUGUUUCUGUA